CCACAGUGACACACAGCUGUAGUGUCACCACGCACCAGACCUCCUCUCACUACGGCUGAAACAAUGACAUGUUGUUGGGCCUUUCUUUGUAUCUGAAGAAUGAUUUCUGAGUGGAUCCACAGCUCUUUUCAAAGUGAUAAUUAAGUUCGGGGACAUUUUUUUUGUGUUGGUGGAUUGACACUUUUUACAAUGAGGCGACGCUGGCUCAUGUACAAAAGUUCCGAGGAUAUGAUCUGUCAUCUUUUUCAAGCGGAUGCCAGCUGCAUGGGUUGAGUUGUCUGCGACCGUCGUCAUCUCUGCAGUGCUGUGGAGUCUGCAGGCCUGACACAGCCGGCGCUUAUCCUGCUUCACGGGCUUCAGCUGAGCCGCUGUAUCAGAACAGCGGGCUGUGUGAAAACCUCUGGAUCACAGGAAAGCCGUCUGAUACAAUGCUUUAUCCGGAUGUCAUGGCCGCUGGCCUGAAUCCUCCAAUCUACGUAUACCUUACCAAAAUAAGAAGGAUUUCCAUGAUCCAGGACACUUUCUUCAGUCGUUUUUAACAGUUUCCUGCAUCUUGCCCCCCUUGGAUUUUUCUUCCUUAUUGUUUUAUUGUUGGGAUAUUAACAGGACAGUUCAUUUGUGGGUGGACAAAUGCUCCCUGCUUCCUCAUGGCAUGCUGUUUCAAGUCCCACCAUCAUGCAAGCUGGACACUUAACACUUCUCUUUCAGAUGAUGAAAAUGAGCAGCACCACAGCACAAUGGUGGGAGAGGAGGGCACCACGGGGGACAGCACUCCUCCCCCAAAGCGUAAGGGCAAGUUCUCUACCCUCGGCAAGAUCUUCAAGCCCUGGAAGUGGCGGAAGAAGAAAAGCAGCGACAAGUUCAAGGAAACCUCAGAAGAGCUGGAGAGAAAGAUGUCGACAAGGCGCACGCGACAGGAGCUGAUUGAGCAGGGAGUGAUAAAGGAGGUCUCGGACAACGUUACAGAUGCUGAUUCACAAAGCAUCAAGCAGCCCUGUGUGAAGAACGGCCACACUCUGCCUGUGACCACUGGGGUCGGAGGCGGAGGUGGAGGUGGAGGUGGGGGAGUUGUCAGUGGCAGGAGCCCAUGCAACCAGGGCAAACUCUCCUCAGAGUCAGACUUUAGGAUGAACCCAUCCUGGCUCAUCCAUCCAGAUGACCGUAAGGGUUGCCCUCCAUCAGACGGAGACCACUGGGGGACUCUGUGUGCCAGAGGUACAGGAGCGCAUGAAAAUGGGCGGCGAGGUGGAGGGAUGGGCAUGCGUACACAUGGUGAGGGUGAGUGGAAGCCUAACAUGGUCUGGCAGGGCCAGAUUCACAGUCAGAUGGAGGAGGGCAGACGUGGAAUCCGACUUCACCCCGAGGAUGGGCAGAAGAGGCCUGGACUGCAGAAGACCCCAUCUGAGGAUGGCAGAAGGAGCAGGCCCGUGGAAGCCAACUGGAAACCUGUGCUUCCUCGACACGCAUCUGCAGAGGAGGGAAGGGCCCACAGAGAGUCAGAUAGCCAUUUUGUGCCUGACCCUGAAGCCCUGCGGAGCACCCUGCGUGAACCUCUGCCACCUAAACAGCCUGUCAUGCCUCCAAAGUGGCUGAUGAGCUCCACCCCUGAACCUGACGGCGAGGGUGCGCCUCGCACCCCGUGCAACCACCCCGGGGCCAAGUACUCCUCUCCCUCCGCCACCUCGGCUGCAGCGUCCAAAGCCGCUCGCUGCGUCUCCUCUGCAGGUGUGUCCACUCAGCAGUCCUCAUCUGCAACCUCCACCUCUCAGGCCACCAAGCAGCCGCCUCUGCCUCCACCCAAGCCGGUGAACAGGAACAACGCCACGAUGUUGGUCUCCGCCCUGCACGGGGGAGAGAAUGCUCAGCUUCCCCUCUACUGGUCCUGCUGGAAGCGAGAGUGCGACUAUGAUGUCUACCUGUCCCUGCCCGUCUACCUUUGCCGACGGGCUGGAGGCCUGCGCUCAGGUGACUUCACCCAAGCCAGUGGAGGUGCCAGUCUUGUGCCAGCCAAGCCUUCUCCACCGAUGCCCCCCAAGAGGACGACCCCUGUCACCAAACGUACUACAGAGGAUUCCUCUGCUUCAAGCCAUCCCAUCAUCCCCUCGCCUCUCUCUCUGGAGGAUCACAGCAGCCUCUCUGUGGGCUUCCAGCUGCCUCCCCCUCCUGCCUCUCCUCCCCUUCCAUCUCACAGACCACCUUCUCCACCCCGCCAACAUAUACACACCCACCACCUCCACCAUCAGCACUCCUACCCGCACCCGCUGCCACAACCCAUACCCAUGCUGUUUGACCCACCGAGCCCCAUCAAUGAGUCGCCCCAGCGCCCGGCUCCUGUCCCGCUGCAUAUCAUGAUCCAGCGAGCUCUGUCCAGUCCCGGCCCGGCUCAGCCACAUCCAGACGGCUCACAGCGUGCACAUGCUCUGCUUUUUGAAACCCCUCAGGAGUACCAAGGAGAUCGCGGUCGACCCUUGCCUGUCAGCAUCCAACCACUGAAACUAUCUGAAGAUGACUAUUCAGAAGAGGAAGACCUAGAGGACGACGACGAUGAUGAUGAUGAAGAAGAGGAGGAGUACGAUGGCGAGAUCCCCCAGCCGGAGCUGGAGCCACGGAGUCGCCGGUGCUUCGUUGGUGAUGCUGGUGUUUGUGUUAUCCCAAGGGGAAACAGCAGCGAGGAGGAGGAAGAUGAGGAAGAGUAUGAGGACGAUGACCAUGACCUGCACCGGGACGACAGUGACUCAGAUGGCCCUGUGCUUCAUAGAGAUGAAGACUCGGAUGAGGAGGAUGAACCCCCACCUAGUGCCCUGGCCAACAAGGUGAGGAGGAAGGACACACUGGCUCUGAAGCUGAGUAGCCGUCCCUGUGCUCCAAACAGGGACAGGUUCUUGCAGGAUAGGAGCUGCAGAGACGACCAGCCUCCGGGACAGACUGGCCUCACCUGGCAGAGCAGGGAGCAGUGGGAGGCCAUUCGCACACAGAUCGGCACUGCACUCACAAGACGACUUAGCCAGAGACCCACAGCUGAGGAGCUCGAGCAAAGAAACAUCCUUCAGCCCAAAAAUCACGCCGACAGACAAGCUGAAGUUAGAGAGAUCAAGAGGCGGUUGACCAGGAAGCUGAGUCAAAGACCCACUGUCGCAGAAUUGCAGGCCAGAAAAAUCCUGCGUUUUCAUGAGUACGUGGAAGUAACGGAUGCUCAAGACUACGAUCGGAGAGCAGACAAGCCGUGGACUAAACUGACUCCUGCUGACAAGGCUGCCAUCCGGAAGGAGCUUAACGAUUAUAAGAGCAUGGAAAUGGAGGUUCACGAAGAGAGCAGAAUUUACACAAGGUUCCAUCGACCUUAGCAUCCCCCCCGCUCUUUUUUAGAUCGUGAAGCACUUAAGAUUUCUGUGGCUGGAGGCUGCUCCCUAUGCAGACUGAUGGCCCUUUAUGUUUCCUGAAUGUACUGUAAAGAUUAUCAGGGAAAGCCUGGAACUGAAUUAAAAGCAAGAAUGCUUCUCAUUUGCCCCCACCCCCACAUCGCCCUCUCACUACAUUGCUUUCACUAAACUGAGGUGCAGGUGGGUAAGGACCAGAUGCAGUAUUUUCCCAGAUGACAGGGGAAACCACAUGCCAAUGAAGUGGAGGAGUGGCAACGGACCUACAGGGCUUACCUCUCACUCUGCUGUUAUUUAUGUGGUACCCAUCAGGGACUUGGAACUAGUUACAACCUUUAAUGCGGCCUCAUUCUGUGUUGCCUUUUUCUCUUCUUUACUGUAAAUGAAAAAGCUAAUUCAUCUUGUCUAUGUAAUAACGCGAUAACAGUAAUAAUAAUGAUAAUGGCUUAACUUUACACACGGUAAUAGUAGAUAAUAGAGACCAGUGGCAGCAGCGAGAAAAUGCUAGAGAAUGAAAGCUGGGAUACUCUGUUGCACGACUGGACGUCUCUGGAAUAUUGUAUUUGUUUUACAUAAACUGUGUACAGACUGCUGUUGUGAUACGUUAGAAUGAAACAUGGAGAGAUCUACUUAAAAACAAAUUCUGUUAUGCACAAGAUAUUUUGUAUUAUAAUUUUGAUCACAAGAGUAGUGACAGCUUUUAUUUGAGCCUUUUUUAUUUGGCUUGCCUGUAUUUAUGGUUUUGAUGUGAGUUGGCCAUUUAAGCGUCUAUGUAGAUAUAGGAAAAGGUGGUGGUCAGGAGCCUGUUUUUGUGUGUGCCAAUCUACCCAAUGCCCAAAGGACUAUAGGAUACUGGUUUUCAUAUCACUGAUUUCUGCAAUUCAUUGCAUGAGCCAUCACAGAAUCCAGUGUCGCUGGAUUUGGAUAUUUUUCAUUUAUACUUUUUUCUUUUCUUUUUUUUAAUGGAUAUUUGUAUUUCCCUUUAAAGCUCAAACAUGCAAUGCAUUCUGUAGCCAUUCUGAAUAAGGACAUGCUAGUACUGUCUAUACUAAGAGUAUGUAUGUAAGUUGCUGUGAGUGUAGAUCAGGGAUUUAUCAAACAUUCUGAAAAUGUAUACGGUCAACAGGGAGUCAUUUUGGCUGGUACCUUCUGACAAUGCAGAAGUGUUUUAUCUUGGAUCGUUGUCUGGCCAGUCGCUUACAGGGUCCUCUACGCUUUGUACAGGUUGAUAAACAGUAGUUUUAACUGAUGCUUGUGUAUAUUGUCUUCCUUUUAAUUUAGAAAAAAAUAAAGUUAUGAUAGGUUGCUAUUUUUUUAAGCACAGAGUAUUAGUUUAUGAUUAAAUGCUACAAGAAUGGGAUUAUGAAAGUGUACUUUUUCUGUAAAACGAAGUACAUUUGUAAUUGAAUGUGGAAUUGUAUGGACUGAGAUUUCUUCAUUUUAAUUGUAAAUAGUCACAUCUGGAUCGAAUAAAAAUCUUACAAUUCCUUGAAA